AUGGACGAGACGCAUAAUCUUCAGAGUGGAAGUGGCGAGGAGCAUCAACCUCAAGGUGCUGUGCCCGCUGUUGCUGAGACAGCUCAACCUGGAAAUACAUCCAUUCAAAAUACAGAAGCAGUCUCAGAUAACCCCCUAGAUGCUCCUGCGUCUCCGCGCCCUCAGGACAAUGACGCAGAGCCCGAAGACGAAGAAAUGGGCGGCACCGAGACCGAAGCAAAGAAAGAGACAGACAAUGACAAUGAUAUGGGCGUAGACGAUGGCACAGAAGGCGCCCAGGGCGCUGAUGCCAACGCUGAUGCUGGUGCCGAUGAGGUUCAAGAAAAGUCUGCGCUGGAAGCAUCAGCGCGCAACCAUCUUGUUUCUCAAACACAUGCCAUCAUCUUACCAAGCUACUCGUCGUGGUUCGACAUGCAUCAGAUUCACCCGAUCGAAAAGAAGGCGAUGCAAGAGUUUUUUAAUGGCCGGAAUCGAAGCAAAACUCCCGCGGUAUACAAGGACUACAGAGACUUUAUGAUCAACACCUAUCGAUUGAACCCUAUAGAAUACUUGACUGUGACUGCUUGUCGCCGCAAUCUUGCUGGAGAUGUCUGCGCUAUCAUGCGAGUUCACUCUUUCCUCGAGCAGUGGGGACUUAUUAACUACCAAGUUGACCCGCAAACUCGGCCAUCCAACAUUGGACCUCCAUUCACAGGCCACUUCCGUGUCGUUGCAGAUACACCACGUGGCCUUCACGCAUUCCAGCCUGGACCAAACCCUCUCGUCACACCUGGAAAACAAUUGGCGGCUACCGAUCGUGCGGCCUCGGGAACGCCUGUCAAGACUGAUUUGAAUCUGGAAAUUCGACGCAACAUUUACGAUGACAAGGGCAAGGAAAUUACUCCUGCUGCUGAGGACAAGGAAAAACAGACAAAUGGAGACACACCUGCCGCAAAUGGCACAUCAGCCGAAUCUACAAACAAGGCCUUGGAAGCUGCUAUCAGAGAGCCUCAGAAAACCUACAAUUGUUGGUCUUGCGGCAUUGAUUGUACCCGCUUGCGAUUCCACUACGCUAAAUCUGCUCCUGUUUCCGCCAGUUCUAAUGCGCCUGACCGCAAGUACGACAUCUGCCCCAACUGCUUCUUGGAAGCUAGAUUGCCUGCAAGUCAUAGUGCGGCGGAUUUCGUUCGACUUGAGGAGACCGACUACACGCAGAACAAAGACAAGGACGCGGGAUGGUCGGAUUCGGAACUCAUUUUGCUGCUUGAAGGAAUAGAGACUUUUGACGAGGAUUGGCAGCAGAUUGCAGACCAUGUGGGCACAAGGACGAGAGAAGAAUGCGUCAUGAAAUUCCUCCAAUUGGAGAUUGAAGACAAGUACGUCGAGGAUGUUGAGCAAUCACAAGAUGCUACAACACGUUCUCUUCAGGGUCGGGACCCGAUCAGUCAACUCGAUAAUCCUGUACUGUCAGUCGUUGCUUUCCUGUCUCAACUUGCUGAGCCAUCUGUAGCAGCCGCUGCUGCAGGUCGUUCUGUAGAACAGAUCCGAAAGGAGCUUCGAGAUCAAUUGAACAAGGGCCCUUCGGCUGAGAAGGGUAAGGGUAAAGAGGGCGAAGUCAAGGCAGAGGAUUCGAUGGAUAUCGACAUUAUUCGUGAAGCCGAGUCGACAACAGGUCCGACCGAGAAGCGAGAGUCUCUAGCUACAAUUGCUCUUGCCGCUUCUGCUGCGCGUGCUGGUGCACUUGCUUCCCAUGAGGAACGAGAAAUGACACGUCUCGUCUCUGCUGCAGUCAAUGUCACUCUUCAAAAGUUCGAGAUCAAGCUAGCUCAGUUCAACGAAAUGGAAGAGAUCAUCGAGGCUGAGCGACGAGAACUAGAAUUGACCCGACAACAACUCUUUGCCGACCGACUAGCAUUCAAGAAGCGCGUCAAAGACGUGCAGGAUGCUUUUCAGCAAAUCAGCCUUCAAGGACCAGGCGAAGAUACCACUCGGGCUGUCAAUGAUGUCGCUGAUAUCAGCAUGGCCAACCGUUACCAAUUCACCCAAGCCCAAGGCGAUGUAAGCAACGGUGUCCAGCCAUUGAGCGCGCAACCUCCUGCAGACUACAAAACUCUCGAAUUGUAA